AUGUAAAAAAAAGAAUUAAGACUCAAAAGUCAGUUGAUUACUGAUUUCCAGAUUUCUCCGGUCACUGUCAGAUGCCUCUCUCUCAAACGCACACAAACGCACACACAAACUAGUGGGCAGCCAGGCCAGAGUCCAGCCUUUUAAACAAACAGCCAUUGAAUACAAAUGAGGUCAUGGAUUCACCACCAGGCAAAGACUUUCAACCACUUUUUCAGAGCAAACCCAGACUGGGAAAGGAAUAAAAAAGAAAACUCGCCCCCUAAUUGAAUUCGGUGAACAAAAAGAAAAUGACACCGAGAGGGUUGUUGUGGAUACGUUCAGUUUAAAAGUGGAAUGUUACAGUGAACCCGGGUCUUUAUAUUCUGGACUAAUUUAGCCUGUUUUAUAUGGAUUCCAGCAUUGCUUCACCCCUGAUGUUUGCCAGAUAAACUCUGAGUUUCUGUUUCAGUAUUACAGCACUGCACAGAGCUGGGAUUUAGUCAAGCCUAAAGCUGAUCACCAAUCUGGGAGCUAAAGAGAGCAGCUGAGCACCAUUAAGAACUAACAAACUCCUGGCAGCUACUUUCAACAUUCACUUCACUGACACCACAGAAAUGCUUUGGGAGUGCAAAACCUUCCUCUUCUGUGUUUUGUCGGUCUACAUCACAUCACUGGUGGUGGCUUCAGAUGAAAGGCAGCAAGAUAAUCACUGUGCUGAUCUCAACAACAUCACAUGGCGGGAAUACCAGCAGCAAAGAGUCAGACUGAACGUCCAGUAUCUGCUGCUGACCAGGAAAAACAUGGACUGUCCACAAGCAUUCAAUGAGACGUCCCUCACCAUGGAGAACUCCUACUUCAACCCCUCGCGUCCUACAAAGGUUAUCAUCCACGGGUACAGGGCCCGCGGGAGUAAGCCCUCCUGGGUGAAGAGGUUAGGCCAGGCGCUUUUAAGAUCUCAAGAUGUGAAUGUGGUGGUGGUGGACUGGGUCCGCAGUGCGUCCUUUGCCUACAACCUGGUGGUAGAGAUCUACAGAGAGGUGGCCAUACAGAUUUCUGUCCUCAUCAAUCAGCUGCAGAAUCAUGGCUGCAGACUCCAAUCCUUCCACUUUAUCGGGGUCAGUCUCGGGGCACAUGUCGCUGGUUUUGUGGGAACUUUGUUCGAAGGGAAAAUAGGAAGAAUCACAGGCCUGGACCCUGCUGGACCCAUGUUUAAAGGAGCGGACACCUAUAGCCGGUUGGACCCUUCUGACGCUCAGUUUGUGGAUGCCAUCCACACAGACUCUGACUUCUUCUCUUUGGAUAUCGAUAUUUCAACCUGCUGGAGAGUGUUGUUCACUUGGUUGGCUGUUGUUGAGGGGUUUCUCUUCACCAUGGAAAUGAUUCUGCGAUCAUCUACCACUGUUGUCUUCUGUGGACGUCCAGAUUUUGGCAUCUCCAUCCCUGUUGGCCAUGUGGACUUCUUUCUGAAUGGAGGGAAGGACCAGAUUGGAUGUGCACGCUCCAGGUUUGACUCAAUUUUCUUGUAUUUUUUAGUGUACAGUUAUGUGAUAUGUGACCACAUGAGGGCGCUGGACGUCUACAUGAGCGCGCUGAACGGCUCGUGCCCGUUAAUGGGGAUCCCGUGCUCCAACUAUGAGGACUUCCUGAAGGGACGCUGUAUGGACUGCGACAUCUUCAGAGGGAAAUGUCCAGUAAUAGGUUUAUCAGAAAACAGUGGGAUAUCUAUAUCUCCCAUUCCCAAAGAGCAGACGCUAUUCCUCCUCACGACUUCUUCACAGCCAUAUUGUGCUCACCACAUCCUGGUGGAGUUGGAAGUUUCGAAACUGGAUAAGAGCGCUGAGAUUGAAGUGACCCUGACAGCUGACAUCCUGGAAACAAAGCAGAUCCUCAGGCUUCAGACAGAUACAACAGUGUACAAGACGGUGAUGGCUCACUCUACCCCCCAGUGUGAAAUCAACUCCAUCAGGCUGACAAACACAGGAGCUCGCUUCUACAGACAGGCAGAGAUCCACAUCAAGUCUGUCUGUGUGACUGAGUUUCCCUCUCUCAGGCGCAAAGAUCCUGUGUGUGUGAACAACAUCAACAUCAAACGGGGAGCUCGGUGGUCCCACGACCUUGUGCAGUUGUGUGACUUCUAAAGAGAAUGAUCUCCUCGACAACAAUUGAAAAGUGCAUAGUGUGCAGCAAUCUGACCUAUGAAGAUACUAACACAGAGAUGGUUUCACAUUUUUAUACCUUGUUUAAUUUUGAGAAAAUAUCAUUGGAGUUCAACCUCAGGGGGCGGAGCCUUAUAUUUUCUAACAUCAUGACUAAAACUGGGGGGAAAAAAGGUUAUUUACAUUAUCAGUAUUUCUGGUACAAUAUUAUUAAUAUUAUAAUUAUCUUUCUUUUUUGCCUAUACUCACUAAAGCGUUGAAGUGUUAAUGAAACCAAACAGUCUAGUUUCACAUCCUAAACCCUUGUUUUUUGUUCUUUUAGCAUUAAAUGCAGCAACAAACUCUUAA